AAACCUGUCAUAGCUUUUAAAGGAGCCAGUGUCAGUGUGUGACAGAGAGCAGCAGUCACUGGGACUCAGUGUGUACUUUACCUCAGUGCUCCUCCCUCUGUCCUGCAGCCAUGAAGCUCCUACCAGCCCUGCUCAUCCUCACAGCACUGGCUCUCUCAGGUGUGAAGGCUCAGAUUGUAAUGACUGAUUCUGAACCAGUGCUGAAGAGACCAGGAGAAUCACACAAACUGACAUGUACAGCCUCUGGGUUCACAUUCAGUAGCUCUUAUAUGCACUGGGUCAGACAGGCUCCUGGGAAGGGACCGGAGUGCAUCGUUUGGAUAAGCAAUAGUGGUGGUACCACUUACUACUCCCAGUCUGUUCAGGGCAGAUUCACCAUCUCCAGAGACAACGGCAGGAACCAGCUGUAUUUACAGAUGAACAGCCUGAAAGCUGAAGACACGGCUGUGUACUACUGUGUCCCCGGCCCACCAUAUAAUUCCGCCUAUCGUGGUAAAGGCACGCAAGUCACUGUCACCAACGCCCUGUCCAGUAGGUCCUAUUUGGAUGUGACCCUGAAGCCCCCAAGAGUAAAAGAGAUGUUCAUAGAAAACAAGGCUGUGCUGGAAUGCAUCAUCACUGGACAGGAUGAAGCAAUAAAAGAAGCUGAAGUGACCUGGAUGUUGGACAGUGUACAGGUCACAGAUAAGAUUACACAGACCGGUCCAGAAAAGGCAGAUCAGCUCUUCAGAAAGAGCAGCAUCCUGACUCUGGCAGCGAAGGACUGGGAAGGUGGCAAAACAGUGAAGUGCAGUGUGCAGCAGAAGGGUGGUCCUACUACCACAAAGACCCUCAGUUUUAGGCAAAAAGGUACUAUGAGACCUACAGUCUCCAUCCAAACACCAUCUCCUGAAGACCUUGAUGGAAAAAGUGAAUUCUUCCUGCUCUGCCUGGUAACAGGCUUCUAUCCUAAGGAAAUAUACAUCAUGUGGCAAGUAGAUGGGGGCCAGUAUGAGGAGGGUGUUACUGGAGAGCCAUUCUGGACUGGGGAUAAAUACUCGGUCACCAGUCUGUUUAAGGUAUCAAAAGUGGACUGGGACAAAGGCACCAAGUACAACUUUCAUUCCUUCAGGAGGAGCAGCAUCCUGACUCUGGCAGAGAAGGACUGGGAAGGUGGCAAAACAGUGAAGUGCCGUGUGCAGAAUAAGGGUGGUCCUACCAUCACUAAGACCCUCAGUCUUGCACAAAAAGGAUCUACGACACCUACAGUCUCCAUCCAAACACCAUCUCCUGAAGACCUUAAUGGAAAAAGUGAAUUCUUCCUGCUCUGCCUGGUAACAGGCUUCUAUCCUGAGGAAAUAUAUAUCAUGUGGGAAGUAAAUGGGGGGAAGUAUGAGGAGGGUAUUACUGGAGAGCCACUGAAGACUGGGGAUAAAUACUCUGUCACCAGUCUGUUUAGAGUCUCAAAAGUGGACUGGGACAACGGCAACAGGUACAGCUGCAGCGCCAGACACGCAUCUCAGGAGAGAAAGCAGAUACCUGCAGUGAAUCCUGUCUCCAAAUUAACAGCCAUGAAGCUCCUACCAGCCCUGCUCACCCUCACAGCACUGGCUCUCUCAGGUGUGAAGGCUCAGAUUGUACUGACUGAGUCUGAACCAGUGGUGAAGAGACCAGGAGAAUCACACAAACUGACAUGUACAGCCUCUGGGUUCACAUUCAGUAGCUAUUAUAUGGGCUGGAUCAGACAGGCUCCUGGGAAGGGACUGGAGUGGAUCGCGUAUAUCGGCACUUACAGUUCCCCGAUCUACUAUUCCCAGUCUGUUCAGGGCAGAUUCACCAUCUCCAGAGACGACUCAAACAGCAGGAUGUACCUGCAGAUGAACAGCCUGAAAGCUGAAGACACUGCAGUGUAUUACUGUGCUUGA